AGGAACUACAACCCCUCCGUCUAGAACGUCACCGUACGUCACCAGGAAGUCCUCCGAUUUCCAAAAGGAAACAUCAUGGCAGACCACACAGACCCACAUGGCGAGGAGAUGCCUGAACUCUCUGACGGAGAUGAUGAUGAUGUGGACGACGAUGAAGAGCAGUGGCGGUGGAUGGAGGAGGAGGAGAGUCAGACAGUUACCUGUUUGUUUUGUGACAAGGUGCUGGGUUCUGUUUCUGCAACCCUUCAGCACUGCUCAGCUGAGCACCAGCUCAACCUUGUGAACGUAAUAAGGAAACACGGUUUGGAUGACUACGGUUACAUAAAAAUGAUCAAUUUCGUUCGCUCCACAAAUUGCGGUCCGUCGUGCCUGAUGGAGCCGUUGGACGGCCCCUUACCCUGGGACAGUGAAGACUUCCUGAGACCUGUACUCCGGGACGACCCGCUGCUACAGACAGACCCGGAGGAGCUGUGUGGCAGGGAGGAAACGUGCUCAUCAUCCAGGGCCGAGCCCUGUGAUGAACUGCUCCGCAGGGCCCAGGCGGCUGAAGAGCGAGCUCAGCGUUCAGAAGAGGCGCUGGCCAGAGCCAUGGAGGAUCUACACAAGCUGAAGCUCCUGGCUCAGGGUUUGGUGCUGAACGCAGAAACCAGCAAAUCUAGCAACCUGGGCGCUGUCGCCGAGCUGCGGGAGGAUGAGGACGAGGCCUACUUCAGCUCCUACGGCCACUACGGCAUCCACGAGGAAAUGCUGAAGGACAAGGUGCGGACAGAGAGCUACCGCGACUUCAUCUACAGCAACCCAGAAGUGUUCAGGGACAAGGUGGUGCUUGAUGUGGGUUGUGGGACCGGGAUACUGUCCAUGUUUGCUGCCAGAGCUGGGGCCAAAAAAGUGAUUGCAGUGGACCAGUCAGAGAUCAUCUAUCAGGCAAUGGACAUAGUCAGGUCCAAUCAGCUGGAGAACAUUAUUACUCUGAUUAAAGGCCGCAUCGAGGACAUCAAGCUUCCUGUGGAGAAGGUUGACAUCAUCAUUUCAGAGUGGAUGGGCUACUUCUUGCUCUUUGAAUCCAUGUUGGACUCUGUCCUGUAUGCCAGAGACCUUUACUUGGCUGAUGGUGGUUCAGUGUAUCCAGACCUUUGUAACAUCAGCCUGGCAGCUGUGGGAGAUGCACAGAAGCACCGAGAUCGCAUUGCAUUCUGGGAUGAUGUCUAUGGCUUCAAUAUGGCAUGCAUGAAGAAGGCUGUGGUGCCUGAGGCUGUGGUGGAAGUAAUGAAUGCAGAGACACUCAUCUCUGAACCUACAGUCAUACAGACAUUGGACUGUAACAAAGUGUGCCUGUCAGAGCUGGAGUUUACUACAGAUUUCCUCCUGAAGAUAACAAAAACCACUGACUGUACGGCAAUUGUGGGCUACUUUGACAUUUUCUUCGACAAAGGCUGCAGCAACAAGGUGAUGUUCUCCACUGGUCCUCAAGUCACAAAGACUCACUGGAAACAGACCGUCUUCCUCCUAGAGAAGCCCAUGCCUGUUAAAGCAGGAGAAGAGCUCCGGGGAAAGAUCAGUGUGCGUAAAAACAAGAAGGAUCCUCGCUCACUCUUGGUCACCUUUGACCUUCCAGACAGGAAGCAGACAUACAGCCUCCAAUGAUGUCAGCAGUCAUAUUGUCCAUGUAACGGAUUGUGGCGCCAUUUUUACUCACAUUUCAUGUGCUGACACCCGGUGGAACAAAAUAAAGGACAAAGUUUUGAUAAUUUA